UAGCCUGAAGUCGGCGCCGAGUGUAGCCCUCGGGUCCACCCAGAGCAGAGAAAGGGGCGCUCCUCCGCCGGCCCCACCGGAGCGCUCCCGGGUGGGUGGGCGCGGCGGGUCCCGCGUGGCCACCAUGACCUGGAGCGCCACGGCGCGGGGCGCGCACCAGCCCGACAACACCGCCUUCACCCAGCAGCGCCUCCCGGCCUGGCAGCCGCUGCUGUCGGCCAGCAUCACGCUGCCGCUCUUCUUCUGCGCGGGCCUGGCGUUCAUCGGCCUGGGCCUGGGUCUCUACUACUCCUCCAACGGCAUCAAGGAGCUCGAGUACGACUACACGGGCAACCCGGGCACCGGCAACUGCUCGGUAUGUGCCGCCCUCGGUCAGGGCCGCGCGCCGCCGCCCAAGUGUUCGUGCGCCUGGUACUUCUCGCUGCCCGAGCUCUUCCCGGGCCCCGUGUACCUGUACUACGAGCUGUCCAACUUCUACCAGAACAAUCGGCGCUACGGGGUGUCCCGCGACGACGCGCAGCUCAGCGGGCUGCAGAGCGCGCUGCGCCACCCGGCCAACGAGUGCGCCCCGUACCAGUUCAGCGCCGCCGGCCUGCCCGUCGCGCCCUGCGGCGCCAUCGCCAACAGCCUUUUCAAUGACACCUUCUCGCUCUGGCACCAGCGCCGGCCCGGGGGACCCUUCGAGGAGGUGCAUCUGGAUCGCACCGCCAUCGCCUGGUGGACAGACUACCACGUCAAGUUCCGAAACCCGCCGCUGGUGAACGGCAGCCUGGCGCUGGCGUUCCGCGGCACGGCGCCUCCGCCCAAUUGGCACCGGCCUGUCUACGAGCUCAGCCCCGACCCCAACAAUACUGGCUUCAUCAACCAGGAUUUCGUGGUGUGGAUGCGCACCGCCGCGCUGCCCACCUUCCGCAAGCUGUACGCGCGCAUCCGCCAGGGCGACUACACGGCCGGGCUGCCCCGGGGCGCCUACCGGGUCAACAUUACCUACAACUACCCGGUCCGCGCCUUCGGCGGCCACAAGCUCAUCAUCUUCAGCAACAUCUCGUGGAUGGGGGGGAAGAAUCCCUUCUUGGGGAUCGCCUACUUGGUCGUCGGCUCCCUCUGCAUCCUCGUGGGCUUUGUCAUGCUGGUCGUCUACAUCCGCUACCAGGACCAGAACGAAGACGAGGAGGACGAUUGAAGCCAGCCGUCUCCUUCCCGCUCCCCAAAAUCUGGACCGCUGCUUGGGCAAUUUCAAACUCAC